AUGCCAUCGGGAGGUAAGCCUGGAUACCGGAGGACUGACCUGGAAUACUGGAGGGGGCUGGCCACGGUGCUGGAGUGCCCAUCAGCCAGGAGGACCUCAGCCAUGAGCUGGAUCGUUGGGAGCCUGGUGUUUUCUGUCUACCUACCUUUGGCCACAACUUCACCUAAAACACUGGCCAUCCCUAAGGAGCUGCAAAAAGCUGUAGGGAAAGUUAUUGUCAAUGCCACAAGCUGUACUGUUACCUGUGGCCUUGGCUAUAAGGAGGAAACUGUCUGUGAGGUAGGCCCCGAUGGGGUGAGGAGAAAGUGUAUGUCCCAGCGCUUGGAGUGUCUGACCAAUUGGAUCUGUGGAAUGCUCCAUUUCACUGUUCUCGUCGGAGAAGAGUUUGAGCUUAGCUGUCUCAGCUCAGACAUCUUAGAGGUUGGGAAGGAAGCAUUCCGCUUCACCUGGAGACUUGCUCGGGGUAUCAUCUCGACAAAUGAUGAAGUCUUCAGACCCUUCCGAGCCAACUCCCAUCUGGUGAAAUUCAGACCUGCUCAGGAGUAUGACUCUGGGACAUAUCGUUGUGAUGUGCAGCUGCUCAAAAACUUGAGACUGGUCAAGAGGCUCUACUUUGGGCUGAGGGUACUUCCUCCGAAGCUGGUGAACCUGAAUUUCCAGCAGUCCCUUACUGAGGAGCAGAAGUUAGUAGAGGAGGGCUUGGAAGUUAAUCUGGACAACUAUUCCAAGCCUCACCGCCCCAAGUGGCAAAAGAAGGUGGCGUCAGCGUUGGGCAUAGGAAUUAUAGGUGGAGUGAUGGGUGGCAUGGUGGUGAGCACCACCCUCUGCAGGGUGCUGAGGGAGACCUACAGCAGCGACAGGCUCAAGGGUGUGAAAUCCUUGGGAUUCCUGAGGUACCAGUGGCCCAGGAAGCCAAGCUAGCUUCUUAGGGAGUGUUCUGGCUGGCUAAUAGUGGGUUGGUCAAAAGACUGCAUGAGGGUGAGGGAGGAACAGCUUCUUGGUAGCCCUGGC